CCCAUGCAAACUAGUACUAUACUAGCUGCAGUCGACGAUGACAGACAAUUUUUUGUGCUUGGUGCAGAGAGCUGGGACCACAUAAUCCAGCCAGCGAGACGAUUAUUCUUAUCACAAUACGAGCACAACGGGCACGAUCAGCAGUGAAGGGCCGGACGUCGUUGAUGGAGGAGACGAUUUUGUUUGUCACACUAUUGCUAAAUAGCAAUUGAAAAUUCCCCGCUGAUUGAUAAGCACAUUGGAUCGGCCAGCCGCCCGUAUGUUUAUAUGUAACAGCGGAUCGAACCAGAGCUCAUUCGGUGUUAGAACUGAAAGUGUGUCAGAAGUGUUUCGAUUUGUUUGUCGAGUGGCGGUGCUGUGUCAUAACACGUGAAAAAUGUCCGCGGAAGAACUGAAUUUGGCCGACGAACUUUUCGAAGAUAUCAAGUAUCAGGAGGCUUUUGACCUACUGAAUAAAUUGAGUGAACCAAACGUUGUGGAAGUUCAAUGGCGUUUAGCACGAGCAAUGUUUUUCGUUUCGAAACAAACGACCAACAGUGACGAGAAAGCAAAGUUUGUCCGGGAAGCGUUCGAGUACGCCAAGAAAGCUGUGGAAUUGGACGCGAAUAAUUUCGGUGCCAACAAAUGGUACGGUGCCAUCCUGUCGGAGAAGAGUAACCUGGAUGGGAUAACCGAACGCAUCAAGCAGUUGGAAAACGUGAAAAAACAUUUCACGAUAGCCAAGGAUAUCAGUCCAGAGGAUCCGGGUAUUCUGCAUAUGCUCGGUCAAUUUAAUUUCAAAUUAUCUGAAGUGAACUGGGUCACACGAAAACUAAUCAACUCGGUGGCAUCCAAUCCGCCAAAGGCGUCGUUCGAGGAAGCACUGGAAUGUUUCGAGAAGGCGGAAAGUUUAAAACCUGGCUUCUACAGUCAGAAUUGGUUGUACCUUGGAAAAACCUUCCUUGCCCUGAAGCAGAAGGAUAAGGCAAGCGAGUGGCUUGAAAAGGCGGCAACGGUUGAGAUUCGCAGCGAAGACGAUCGCGUUUGUCGCGAAGAAGCUAGUCAGGCAUUGAAACAGCUUUAAUUUUAUUUAACACCUUUGACCACGCUUAGCAUUGGUUUCGUUGCUUUUAUAUAAUAUCUAUAUAAUUACAGUAAGAGUUUGCGGGUAUAGUUUCCAUAGUUCAAAGAACGCGAUGACUGAACUACACCGAGUAAGUGUUGCUUAUGAAUCGCAUAUAGUGUAUGCUGAUUACUAGGAAAUUCUGUUGACGCCUUAUGUGUCAGUGAGAAUGCAAACCGAUUGAGUGCAAGACCCGCUGAGUCGUGAUGUGCGCCCCGAUAAGCAGGCAGACAAUGAGCUUUGCACCUUUUAGUUUUUAUGGCGCUGUUUUGUAAGAUACUUCCGCUCAGAUAAAUAUAUGUUAAAGUUGUUGCGCUUACAGUUCUCGAUCAAUUGAGCCGAUAUAGAGAAACACCCAGAGAGUUGCGAGCUAAUGAGAUAGGUCAGGGUUAGGUUUAGGGUGUGCGCAAUUUCUGAGUCAUAGUGGUAGACUUUGUUCAUUCUGUAACUGAAUGACGUGCAAAAUUACUAGCAAACACUGAUAAAUAAAGUUCAACUUUGUAGAUAACGAAA